GGAUUAGGGCUCACCCUAAUGACCUCUUCCUGACGUGGCCACUUCAGCACAGACCCUGUUUCCGGCACAGGCCAUGUUCACGGGUUCCGGGAGCACAGGAACGUUUCUCCUGCUGCCUCAGGCUGGGGUCUGUCCUCACGCUGAUGUCUCCUUCCCCACCCCUCUGUUCCAGAGGAGGAGCGAGUGGACAUUCUAAUCAACAACGCGGGCGUGAUGCGGUGCCCCCACUGGACCACCGAGGACGGCUUCGAGAUGCAGUUUGGCGUUAACCACCUGGGUCACUUUCUCUUGACGAACUUGCUGCUGGACAAGCUGAAAGCCUCAGCCCCUUCGCGGAUCAUCAACCUCUCGUCCUUGGCCCAUGUUGCUGGGCACAUAGACUUUGAUGACUUGAACUGGCAGACGAGGAAGUAUAACACCAAAGCCGCCUACUGCCAGAGCAAGCUGGCCAUCGUCCUCUUCACCAAGGAGCUGAGCCGGCGGCUGCAAGGCUCUGGUGUGACUGUCAACGCCCUGCACCCCGGCGUGGCCAGGACAGAGCUGGGCAGACACACGGGCAUCCAUGGCUCCACCUUCUCCAGCACCACGCUCGGGCCCAUCUUCUGGCUGCUGGUCAAGAGCCCCCAGCUGGCCGCCCAGCCCACCACAUACCUGGCCGUGGCAGAGGAACUGGCGGAUGUUUCCGGAAAGUACUUCGAUGGACUCAAAGUGAAGGCCCCGGCCCCCGAGGCUGAGGAUGAGGAGGUGGCCCGGAGGCUUUGGGCUGAAAGCGCCCGCCUGGUGGGCUUAGAGGCUCCCUCUGUGAGGGAGCAGCCCCUGCCCCUUCCCAGAUAACCUCUGGAGCAGAUUUGAAAGCCAGGAUGGAGCCGCAAGACCGAGGGCCGCUGUCUGCCAUGCCCGCAGCUGCUUCUAGGGGGCGGUGCUGGCACCACCUGAGUGGGGAGACCCAGGACUGCCAGCCCCCAUGCCCGCAGCUUCCUGUAGGGGGCGGUGCUGGCACCACCUGAGUGGGGAGACCCAGGACUGCCGGCCCCCAUGCCCGCAGCUUCCUGUAGGGGGCGGUGCUGGCCGCAGUGGACUGGCCUCAGGUGACCACUGCCCUGGGGUCUGGCUGGUCCCACGUGCUCCGUUGCCAGCAGGGGAGCGGGGCCCUCUGAUGCUUCCCCUGGGAAUCUAAACUGGCAAUGGCCGAGGAGGAACAGGCUCCGUGCACUUGUGGGCCAUGUCAGGAGAGCCUGCAGUGCCUGUGGGGGAGGGCUCCAAGGUGCUCCGCAAAGAGCACGGGCAAGCUGCCUGGCACUCGGAUUCUUGGGUGCCUGUGGGACCUUGUGCAGGCAAGGGUCCUCUCUGAGCCUUGGUUUCUUCAGCGGUGAGCUGCUCAGAAUAACUGCUGUCUCCCGUGACGGUGUGGUGCGGCGAGCUGUCGUCUGUUCACUUUGUGGCUGUGCACAGCCCCUGCCAGGGGUGUCUGCUGAGGCUUCCUGUGCCGGCGCCCAGCCGGAGAGCAGGUGCAGGUGUCAUCCCGAGUUCAGGCUCUGCACGGCAUGGAGUGGGAACACCACCAGCUGCUGCUACAGGACCUGGGAGUCCCUGGGGCUCCCACCUUCCUAUCAAUUCUCAUGGUAGUCCAAACUGCAGACUCUCAAACUUGCUCACUAAAAAAAAAGAAAGAAAAUG